GUACACCACGGAUGACAAGGGAGAGAAUUUUAUGAAAAUGAAAAAUGGCUACCUUUGAACGGUGCGAUUUGUGGUUUUACUUUCUUACUCUUUUUUUAAGUUGUCAGAGCAUAAUAUUAAGAGAAAAUGACACAUUUAACGAAGAGCUCUUUGUCAAACCAUUUAAAAGUGGCCACGAAUUAUUUUUUUUCCAGUUUACAACACUCUGGAACUCGAGAAAGCCAUAUACUCAUUACAGAUUAUUUCCAAGAUCUUUGGGUGAUGUACUGUCAACUUAUAAUGUACAAGAAUUGCACUUAACACAAGCACAAGGAUUUUGGAAACACAACAAGUGGGGGUAUCCUCCAGAAGAUGCACCACCUGGCGUUGAAUUAUGGGUGUGGUUCAAACCUGGAACAUUGAACAUAGACAAACAAUGGUCAGAUCUUGUAAAUGCUCUUGGUGGUCUGUUUUGUUCAUCUCUUAAUUUUAUGGAUUGGAAAUCUACUGUGAGUCCCCACUGGUCCUUUAGACCCCAAGGUGUGGCCACUAAAAGUUAUCAUAUGAAGUCAAUGUAUCUGAGAUAUUCAGCUUUACCCAAAGAGAUAGUAUGUACAGAAAAUCUAACACCAUGGAGAAAAUUAUUGCCUUGUGAUAAGGUUGGGUUAUCAAGUCUUUUCAAUACAGCUAAGUUGUAUGAUUCAUCAUAUCAUUCAAUAGGUAUUCAUGUCAGACCUAUCUGUCUGGAACCAAAAUGUUCUUCAGCAUCAGUUGAACUUAAGCAGACAUUGAGUGUUGUCUUUGACACAUCCUCCUCAAAAGUUGGAAAACAAGACUGGAGUUUUAAGAAGACAUUAGGACAGCCUCUAGGUUCACAGUGUUCUAUGGCCACACUUAGUAAAAUAUAUGUUGAUAUAACAUCUCAGCAGGAAAUCAAGCUCACAUUGAAGCCUGAUGCUGAUAAAAUAGUUAAAAUGGUCCUUGCUGGAGACAAGAGGAUAUAUGCUGUAUAUGAUGUUACUACACAGCUUCCUAGAAACUACCAUUCCUUUAAUCUUCAAGGCAUCCACACUGAAGUUACCAAACAUAAUGUUACAACAGAAUCAUCAGUACAUGCUACUAGAUAUGUGACUGGUUUUGGACUACAGAGAGGAGGAAUAACCUGUCAGAUUUAUAAUAACUUGCCAGUAAAUAUGACAGUAAUCUAUAUGGAAACAAUACCUUGGUUUAUUAAGAUCUUCUUCAAUUCAUUACAAAUACAGAACAAUAAAACUAUGGUGAAGCCAUACAAAAUACAUUAUAUGCCUGGUAAAGACAGAAGUAGAUCAUAUCAUCUGGAAGUAGUAUUUAGACUACGUGCAAAUUCUGUAACUAAAAUUAAUGUGUUGUUUGAGAGGACAUUUUUAAAAUGGACAGAAUAUCCACCAGAUGCCAAUCAUGGAUUCCCUAUAAACUCUGCUGUUAUAACAACUGUAUUACCAAAGGCAGAUAAUUAUAUUUCUGUACAGCCAAAUGUUUCUAUAUUCCAAAGUUUUGAAGACAAAUCCUCCGAGUUUUUCAUAAGAAUACACACAGAAACAUUACUGGUAUCUCUGCCAACACCAGACUUCAGUAUGCCCUAUAAUGUCAUUUGUUUGGCAUGCACCGUUGUAGCAAUAGCAUUUGGAUCAUUGCAUAAUUUAACAACAAGACAGUUUAAAGUUGUGGAAUCUACAGAAAUGAAAGGCUUAGUACAGAAAGUCAAAGACUUUUUUAAGAUUAAAGAACAAUUAAAGGAUGUAGCAAAUAAAAUUAAAACAGAGGAUCAAGAUUCUGAACAAACAGACAAUGAAUGCUGUAUAUUAAAGGAGUAAUGUACUUAGACAAAGAAUGUCAAAUUGCAUGUAUUGCCUAAACUAUGUAACUUACACAUCUCUUUAGGGAUCAAUGUGGAAGCUGUACAAUUUCACUCUGUCCUUCAAGAACUUCGUGAACACAAAAACUAAAAAAGUUUGGUUAGUACAGGGAUGAAAUUGUUUACAGUUGUUGUGCACAAAACAAAAUAUGAACCAAAGAAAUAAGAACAUUUGUGCCUAAAUUCCCCUUUUUUUCAUAGGAGCAUGACAAAUAAAUCAGAACAUAAAAGAAUAACAAAUUUAUUAGUAGAAUACGGCUAAUUCGAGGUUUAUUUUGUUAAUAUAUUUGAAUAAUCAAUUUAAUAAAAAUUCUACUCUU